AUGUCAUAUUCAACAAAAAAGAAGGAGAGCAAAAAGACUAUUCAGAAAAAUGCGAACAACUUUGAAUUUGGCGCGGACAUUCAAAAUGACAUUGGCAUAAUACAAUCCUACACCUUACGGAUCUCAAAAAUUAAUGAAAAUGAAGUUUGUUCCGUUGAGAGUUCAGAAAAAGUCCAAGAAAUUGUGCAGGAGGGGAAAAUGAAAAUCCAGGAGAUCCAGAGAAAGAUCAAGAGUUAUUCCAAUAGCGCAGAAAAUGUCCCCCCAGGCGAAAGGAUGCGAAUGAAGCUGAUGCUGCAGAAGCUGUCCAACUCGUACCUCGCAGCGGUGAACAAUUUCCAAAGUGCGUCAAAAAAUUAUAUCAACAAAACAGUUUUAAAUGACAUGCUAUCAAAAAAUAUGAACGAGUCAGGUAACAACUUAGAAUACGAUUCGCUCACCAACUUUUCUCGAAACAGUGAUUCAAAUUAUGACUCCAGUAGGGACAAGUUUAACGUAAACAUUUAUGAUUUUAAUUUUAACGAGAAUGAAAAUUAUGAGGGGAGUUAUGGCCCUUCCCCCCGGGGCAUGGAAAACGCAGGUGCGGGGAAAAAAAUGAAGAAGAAAUAUAAAAGUAAUAUUUUCACGGGGAGUAAGAAGAGCGAAGUUAAUGAGUACCUCCUGCAGAAUGAUGCGUACGGGCAGGGUGAUCCGUAUGGACAUGAGGAUUCCUACUUGGGGAGCGGUGCGUACGGGCAGGAUGUAGACCUGGAAGACCCCCAGCAAGAGAGGCAAUUCGUCUCGGUGAAAACGGUGGACAUCGAAAACGAAAUCUUAAGUCAGAAAAAUAAGGAAAUAAAAAAAUUACAUAAAGAUAUAAUAAACAUACAAGAGCUAUACAAGGAGCUAUUUGACCAGGUGAACAUUCAAGGGGAAAGCAUCGAUAACAUAGACUCUCAAAUAAUGACUACCCACGAUAACAUUCUUAUGUCCGGUCGCGAAAUUGAAAUAACGAGGAACAGGUACUUUAGGAACAUCCGGUGCAUGGGCUUCCUUUUUUUUGUUCUCAUAAUUUUGAUAGUAAUCAUUUUGGUUGUCUUUAGGGUUAUAUGA